CCAUAACGUAGGAAAUCGUCCGAUUGUUAAAUAUAUUUCAUCAUUGCGAGUUGCGACUCUCCAUCGACACUCGACUGAACGGCUUGUCGCGUGUAAACGACAAUUACUUUUCGAAGUCGUCGUCGCACAAGAAGUUUCUUUUUUUAUUUCUUUUUAUUUCAUAAAAUUAUCUGUUUUCAUUAUUUUUUUUAUUCUAUUUUUGAUUCUCAAUACUUUCUAAUGUAUUUGGGUCUAUGUCUACCUUGUAAUUUUUUUGUAUUCAUGGCGUUCGUACUGAAAGAUUCACAGACCAAGAGCUUAUUAUCUUGAUAUUAGGAACUUAACAAAACAAACAUUUAAUGGUUAAGUGAUAACACAAUUAUGAAUAUUGACGACAUGAUUGGCAACGACAAAAUGCAUUCUUUUUGUUUACCUGUUGAAUCAUGUGUGGUUUGUGGAGAUCGAGCAUCAGGCCGACAUUAUGGAGCAAUAAGUUGUGAAGGAUGUAAAGGUUUCUUUAAAAGAUCUAUUCGUAAGCAACUUGGCUAUCAAUGUCGAGGUACCAAAAUGUGUGAAGUAACAAAAAAUCACCGUAACCGUUGUCAAUAUUGCCGUCUUCAAAAAUGCCUGUCUAUGGGAAUGAGAAGUGAUUCUGUGCAACAUGAAAGGAAACCAGUUACAGAUAGAAUAGAAUCUAUUCAUAAUAUGUCAAGUAGCCCGGACAAUAAUAACAUUCCUACAUUUUCAUAUGGAAAUAAUUCAUUUAUUAAAAAUGAAAUGCCAUUUAUCAAAAAUGAUGUGCAUUUCAUUAAAACAGAAAUCCCAUAUGCAGGAAAUCGUUCCGUAUAUAAUGAUCAAACAGCAUUGAAUUUACUACAAGGAUCAAAUGAAAAUGAUUCUUCUAUCAGAAAUCAGAAUUAUAUGGAUUAUUAUAUGGCUGAAGAUGAAGAGUCAUCAGUUAGCCAUUCUCCAAAUAAUGAACAGGAUAUUAAACCAUUUAAUCAAGACAACAAAAGCCUAUUAGUACUUACAUUGGAUUCUAUGACAAAUGCUACACAACAAAACUCUAAUGGUACUGAUUCAUCAUAUGAGGUUGAAGUACAGAGUAACGUCUUAGAUAUUUCUGAAGAUGUGAUGCCAACUGUCAACGUUAAUUUUCCAUUUCAAUCACCCAGUCCUAAAUACGCAUACUUAAACCUACAUUUUAUCUGUGAAAGUGCUUCAAGACUAUUAUUCCUGUCUAUAAACUGGGUUCAGAGCCUUCCAGUUUUUCAGCUUCUAACGUUUGAAGUACAACUAAGUCUGCUAAAAAAUUCUUGGUCACAACUGUUUAUUUUGGGUUUAACUCAAUGCGCACAAGCAUUAUCAUUGAUACCAGUACUUAGUUCUAUGAUAACUCAUUUACAAAAUGAUGAAAUUCACAACUCACCUAACUCCAGUAAAGCUAAAGAGCUCAUUGAUUACCUCAAUAGAAUACAAGAUUAUAUUACGGAAAUGGAAAAUAUUGAAGUGAAUGAAGUGGAAUAUGCUUAUUUAAAAUUAAUAUCCUUAUUUAACACUGAUAAUCCUUCUGAAAGACAACAGUUAUACAAACUACAAGAAAAAGCUGUCAAAGAAUUGAAACAGCAUUUAAUCAAAGAAUGCAAUGAUGAACACCGUAUAGCCAUAUUAUUGUUACGACUUCCAACUCUACGAUCAUUACAACCUAAUAUCAUAGAAGAAAUAUUCUUUUCUAGUUUGUUGGGUAGUUUUCAAAUUGACGCAAUUAUACCUCAAAUUUUAAAACUAAAAUGUUCAAGUACAGAGUAUGAAGAUUUUGUUUCAAAAAACUUUGUAUCAUAAUAUUCAUGGUUAGUCAUAUUUAUGGUUUAUAUUCCCAUUAUAACCUUCACGUAUUUAAAAUUCAGUUUUAUUUGAGUUUGUAAAAUAUUAUUAGUUGAUAUAUUUAUGAAAUAGUAAUGUCCCUCUAUUUUUAUGAUUUUAUUUCAAUGAAAAUUAAGUUAACAGUUACAAUUUUUUUGGUUUUCUGAAUACCUCAGUAUUUCAAUAACCAGAAAUUUGAUAAAAACCUUUGUUUUUUUAAUUAUUAAUUGAUAUCUAAAAAAUAGUAUUUCAGAUAAUGUUAACAACUCUCCGACUCGAUAGUUGCUAUGAAUAUUAAACGUAAUUUUAAUGAGUUUUAAAAUAAAAUAUAAAAAAUAGUUGAGAGGAUGUCACUCUUGCUUGUGUUAUCUUGUUCUUACAAAUAGACAAAAUAGUAAAUUUGAGUUAAUAGUUUCAAUUUGGUGUUGUCAGCUUUAAUAUUACAGUGGAUAUAACUAUUUUAAAAUGUAAUGCUAAGAACAAUUUAGUUGUCUGUGUAAUUUGAAUAUCAGUGUUCUCUCUACGAAUUUUUUCCUUUCUUUAAAUUAAAGAGAUGUAAGUGCUGUAAAUUUUUACUAGUACAAAAAUUGACCCUAAAUUUUUCCAAUUUUUUACUGAAAGAAAAUGUGUUGACCCUCUAAUUAAUUGCAAUGGAGAACGCCUUUCCUGAAUUAUAAAGAGAUAUAUUUUUUAUCAACUGUUAAUAAACACCAAAAUAAUUAGUAUUAUAAUAAUCAUACCAGUAUUUUCUAUUUUCUUGCCACUAUAUUUAAGUACUACUUAAAAGUAAAUAAAUAUACAAGUUUUGACUUUCAAACAUACAAAAAUAAAGGUAAUAGUGUGUUAAUUUCAAUAAUUUAACUGAAUCAUUUAUUUAUUUUAUUAUGAAUAAUUAUAAAUAUUCAUAAUAUGUACUGAUACAGAAAAAUGGAUCCAUUAUGAGUUCUUAAUUGUUAUUAUUGAAAGAUUUAAAUUUGUCAAGUAUACAACAAUAGAAUUAAUAACAAUCAUAUUAACUAAUAAUAAGUUGGCUUUAAGAUAUUUCAUUAUUUAACCUUGGACUUUUACCAUUUUUAUCACUUGUAAAUUUACAUAUACUUUUUCAAAUUAAAUUCUCUAUAUCUUUUCUAAACAAAUUAUAUGUAUUAAUGUAAAAUUUAAAUAUUUUACAUUGACUUAACUCACUUCAAAAUUAAAAUAUCAUGAAAAAACAUUAUAAGUAGAUAUUGUUCUUAUAAACUAAAACCACAAACUGUAACUUUAGCUAGUAACUUUAGCUAGUAAAUUAUUUUACUAUGUUGUCCAUUUGUAAAAUGAAAUAUAACACAUGGAUAUGAUGUUCUUUUAAAAUUAAAAUAAUAAUCAUAGCACCUUUUUCACACUUUGGAAAUAAUUUUUUUUUGUUUGAGAUUUCUGUACAAUAAUUUGCUGUCUUGAUGGUUAUUUUUAGUUUAUGAAGUGUAAUAUUAGAUCUUCAUAGACAAUAGACAUGGUGUGUAAUGUUGGUUGAUGGUUAUGAAUGUUUGCUCUCCAGAAAACAAGCAAUGAUGAGGAUACCAUAUUACCAUUACUAGUUGGCAAUAAUUUUUGUGUUAAUAUCUUGUUUCUGUUUUUAAAUAAGUUUUAAUAGAAUAUCAAUAUUUAUUUCAUUUAUACGUAUAAAAUAAUUGCAGGGAUGAAUAAAAGUAAAUAAAGAACUAUAUUCAAUUUAAAAGUAGACCUUGCAAAUGAGGCAUGUACAAAAGUAUAAUUGAUAAUUUAUUAAUAAUAUUUAGUAAAAUGGAAUAGUAAGCGUAGUGGUAUACCAUGUUUACUAGUAAAUUCAUUUAAAUUAAAAAUAUAUUAUAAAACUCAUUUUCAUAAUUUAAUUGUAAUUUAUAAUUUGAUGUAACCAGUCUUCCAAAAAGUUGGUGAUUGAUUAAUUCCAAAAUUGUAUUUAUUUUGGAUAUUGUUAUAAAUAUUUUAUAAUCUUGUAAACUUUUUAUAUUUUGAUUCAUAAUUCAAUGUAGCUAUGUAAAUAUUUAAAAGGUGUGUAGAAAUAAAUAUUAUAAUUUAUGUCUUUGAAGAAUCCAAUUUUUGAUAGUAAUACAGUCAUACUUAAAGUUGCUAUUAUAAUUAGACUGACAAUAGUUGAUUUAUUUUUAAAUCACAACAAUAUUUAAAAAUAUUUACUAUAGAAGCUUGUUUAUCCAGAUAUUUUAGAUACACUAAUACGAUUUUAUCAAAGAGGGUUAAUAGUAUUGAAAUAUAAAACUGGUAUUGCUACACUUUAAUUGGUAUGUGACAAUAUAGCAACAUACCAGUAUGUACCAGAAUUCUGUGAUAUCGAUAUAAUAUGAAUUACAAUAUUAUGAUACCAUCAAAAUCUAUUGAAGCAUAAUAAUUUAUGAAUACUUACCUAUACUAUCACUUAAUACAUAAAAUAAUUAAUUGAAAAAUAUCCUGUAUCCAACUUUGUAAAACUUGUGUGUAUGAUGUACACAUAUGAUACAUAGAUAUCUACCAUUUUUAAUUUAGCCAAAACCAAAAGCCUUAAUAAAUACUAUUUAUACUAUGUAUUAUAUAUAUUUUUUCAAAUAUUAUGUAUACUUUAUAUUAAUACUUCGGUAUUAUAAAAUAUACAGUUCAAGCAAUAUUUGAUCACUACCAGUAUACUUAAAAAUUGGUUUACCAUAGUACAAAUUUAUUAGGAUAUAGAGAAUUAUUUAAUUUUUAAAGAAGAAAUAUUUAGUAAAAUCGUUAUGUAUGUUAUUCUGAUAAAAAUUGUUGUUUUUUCAAAACCUUUUAUACCUCUUUAAGGACUCCUAAAAAAAAGAUUUG